AUGCGCGGCAACUCCUGGACAGACACAGGCUUCAAACCCAACGGCAUCCAGCCAUCAUCGACCAACCCCCUCGGCAAUUCAGAGAUCAACUCCAGCGCCCCCUUCCACAAUUCGAGAUGGAUAUCCUACCUCAGCACCGCCUACAACGCCAGCAUCAUCAAGAACUACAACCUAGCCGUCACGGCCGCAACCGUCGACAACAGCAUAAUCCCGCACAUAACCAACGACCUCAAAUACCAAAUCCAAACCACAUUCCGCACCUUGUACACGAAAAAACCCGCCUGGAAGCCCACCAGCACCCUCUUCGCCAUCCUCAUCGGCGUCAACGACAUCGAAGUCAUGGACGCCAACAAAACCCUCUCAACCAAAACCAGCGACGUCUUCAAAACCUACGCCUCCCUCCUCACUACCCUCUACAGCUCCGGCGCGCGCACCUUCCUCCUCCUCAACGCCCCUCCCUUACAGCAUGCCCCCUCCGCCUCCCCUUCCAUCACGCCUUUCGUAACGGACUGGAAUUCGCGCCUGCAAAGCAUGGCGCGUGCAUUCUCAUCGCAGCACAUGGACGUGUCGAUGUUCACGUUCGCGACGGACGAGCUAUUCGAGCAGAUCUUCGCGAACCCGGCGGCGUUUAGGGAAACGAAAGGGUUGAGGAAUUUGACGGCGAAGUGUGAUGCGUAUCAGAAUUAUCAGGGCCCGGAUCCGGGGUAUAGGAAUGCGAGUUGUGGGAACGCGAGCUUUGAGGAGUUUUUUUGGAGGGAUGGUCUGCAUCCGAUGUUUACGGUUCAUGAGGUUAUGGCGAGGGAGAUGGCGGAGGGGUUGAGCGGGGGUAGGAAUGGGACGGGGGGGUUUGUGAAACUGCUUGGGCAAAACGAGAGUGAAAGUGUUGUGGAAACGAGGAGGUGGAGGGUUCGUCGGGAUUGA